AUGGAACCCGAAAUCGAUCUGACUUGGUUCUUCCCCCGACUCGCAAAUUUCGAGCACAUCUUCGAGCUAAAACCAAACGGUCUUAACCCGACCCACCCACGGCUCCUAGAGGAAUGCCGGACCACAUUCAACUCCCACUGUCUUACCUUCGGUCUCGCGGAUGUCUAUUUCGCGAUAUUUCUCAUUGAAUACGCGGGUGAUGACCGAGAGAUCACUCUUGAAUCCGACUACGCUCGCAAUAUUCACAUUGCCAUGGAAACAUGCGCCAUAGUUCAAGAGCUUGACAUUGAGUCGCUUCCAAGUAGCAAGAUCGCACUCAAUCUCAAAAGAACGGUAUAUCUUCGCUCUAGUGAUAGAAAGAAGUUUGAAGAGUGCAUUCUGGAGGCAUGUGUGCCAUGUAGAGAUGCUCUAGGCACUAUUUUGAAAUGGGAGAUCUAUUUUUCGUUUCCUGAUCGGCCUGUAGAGCACAGGACAGGAACCUUAAAAGAACUUUCUGAAUACUUUGCUAUCGGUAAUCAAGGGCUAUUUGAGAUGUUUAAGGCGUAA